ACGAUUGCUGCCCAGUACCGCUUGUUUGUCUCUCAUUCACUUCAGUCUGCUUUGUGCUGUCUGCCACGUGUGUUGAUUGUAACCGUAAUAAUGACCGAUCAAAGUCAUAAAGCGGGUGUAAUCAAUUUUGGAGCUGGUCCAGCUAAAUUACCACAUGAGGUUCUAAAAAAAGUACAAGAAGAAUUACUCUCGUACGGAAACACGCAAAUCAGCAUUCUUGAGUUAAGUCAUCGAUCGAAUGACUUCAAGAAAGUUAUCGAUGAUGCCCAGGCUACACUACGAGACAUUCUUAAUAUUCCGGACAAUUACAAAAUCUUGUUCAUGCAAGGAGGCGGUACUGGAAUUUUUGCGGCAGUUCCUCUGAACAUUAUGAAUACCGGAACUGCGGAUUAUUUAGUAACUGGUUCAUGGUCUGCAAAAGCGGCAAAAGAAGCGACUAAGUAUGGAAAAGUUAAUAUGGUUCUACCUAAAGUUACAAAAUAUACAGAAAUACCAGAUUCCUCCACUUGGAACUUAGAUGUAAAUGCAUCAUAUGUUUAUUAUUGUGCCAAUGAAACUGUGCAUGGAAUUGAAUUUGAUUAUAUCCCGGAAACAAAUGGCAUACCACUUGUUGCUGAUAUGUCAUCCAAUAUACUUACGAAACCUCUUGAGAUAUCAAAGUUUGCGGUAAUUUUUGCUGGAGCACAAAAAAAUAUUGGACCGGCCGGUGUUACUUUAGUAAUUGUACGAGAUGACAUGCUUGGUCGUGCUAUGGAUGUAUGUCCGACAGUGCUGAAUUUUACUGUCAUGGCGAAUGAUAAUUCUUUGCACAAUACACCGCCUGUCUUUCAAAUAUAUAUGGUGGGCUUGGUAUUUGAAUGGAUUAAACGCAAUGGUGGAGUCGAAGGUAUGCAAAACUUGGCAAAGAAGAAGAGCAGCAAGAUAUAUGAUAUCAUUGAUGGAUCAAGAGGAUUUUACAUGUGUCCCAUCAAGCCAGAUGCACGUAGUAAAAUGAAUAUUCCGUUCAGAAUAAAAAACGGUGAUGAGGAACUGGAAAAAAUGUUCCUUUCUGGUGCCGCAGUUCGCGGUAUGUUGCAGCUAAAAGGUCACAGAUCAGUGGGUGGAAUACGCGCAUCUUUGUAUAAUGCAGUCACGGAAGAAGAAGCGGAAAUAUUGGCCGACUACAUGAAGUGGUUUUAUGAUUGCAAAACGGCUGAAAAAUAAUUUUGAAAAAUGAUAUAAUGAGCUUUAAACGCAUAUGUUUUUACGAUAUCUUUGCUAUACAUGUGUAUAUCUGUCAUGUUCGAAGCUUUUUUCUCUAACUUUAAGAAAGAUACAGUCUUGACCAAAAUUAUUAUGCACUUAUAUUCUUUUUGUUUAUCUGAAUUUUCUUAGCUGUAUUAUUUUAUGUUGAUUACUCCCACACAGCAUACUUUAACCCGGGAAUAUUCAACGAAUGUCUUGUUCGAUGUUCAAAAAAUGUUCAAGGAACUUUGUGAAAUGUUGCAAGUAUAUCAUUCCAAAGCAUUCAAUGUGAAAUGUUGCAAGUAUAUCAAAACAUCGUAUAGGAUCACCGCACCAGUCAAUGAACAAAUAAAUGCGCGCUCUUAUUCGGCUGACUUUAAUAUUUUA